AUGAGCAGCUUCGCUUCUGUUAGAUCACAGGCCGUGUCCUUGGAAACACAGGCGUCUGGGCUGUUGUCCAAGUAUUCGUCGUAUGCUCUAAGCACAUCGAGCGAAGCAACGGGUGAGGAGACUAAGCUGGAGAAGAAGAUCGAGCAGACGUUGCACAAGAGUGAGGAGGUUCUCGACUCACUGUCUCGUAUCUCCGAUAGCACCCCAUCGCUUCCAACAGUGAAGCUUCAACAGCUCACACGUCACAAGGAGAUCCUUCAGGACAAUUGGCGCCAGUUUGGUAAGAUCAGGUCGACGAUCUUGUCUGAGCGUAACAAGAUCAAUCUGCUGUUCAACGUUCAGUCGUCCAUUGACGACCGUAAGAACAGGCCUGUGGAUGAAAUGGACUAUACCAACGAGGAAUCUCAGAGAGCCAAUGCCCUGAACAACAUUGCUGAUGAUCUGAUCAGUAGGGCGUACGAAACAAGGGACAACCUAUUGGCGCAGAGAUCCACAUUACAAAGUGCUGGCACACGUUUGACCAAUACGCUAAGUACAAUCCCAGGAGUUAACGUGUUGAUCUCGAAGAUCAACACCAGAAGAAAGCGUGAUGCACUGAUUCUAGCAACUCUCAUCGCCGUGUGUAUUGUUCUUUUGUUCUUCACGUGGUGA